CCUCUAAAGAGGAGGGGCCACUCACUUCAGCCAACCUCGGGAGAAAAUGUCUGGAAUCCGUUUCCGCUUUAGGGAGUGGACGGUGAUUUUUUUUUUUUUGACUUGACUUUUUAACCAACUUUAAUUUCCACGACAACUCGGACAGUUUGUGCUAGCUGUAGGGGAUUGAAUUCACGUUACGACGAUGGCUUCUUCGCCUCAGAAGUCCCCGUCCUCUCCGAAAUCUCCAUCGCCCAAAUCUCCGACGCCCAAAUCCCCUUCUUCCAGAAAGAAAGACGACUCUUUCUUGGGAAAACUUGGUGGAACUUUGGCAAGAAGGAAGAAGGCUAAAGAAGUGUCUGAGCUUCAGGAAGAGGGAAUCAAUGCCAUCAACCUUCCUCUCAGCCCUUCCCACUAUGAGCUGGACCCUGAGGACACCAUGCUAGAGGAGAAUGAAGUGCGCACCAUGGUGGAUCCCAACUCCAAGAAUGACCGCAAACUGCAGGAGCUCAUGAAGGUGUUGAUCGACUGGAUAAAUGAUGUUCUGGUGGGGGAGAGGAUCAUUGUGAAGGAUCUGGCUGAAGAUCUGUAUGAUGGACAGGUCCUACAGAAACUAUUUGAAAAGCUGGAAGGUGAGAAACUGAACGUGGCAGAGGUGACUCAAUCAGAGAUUGCCCAGAAACAGAAGCUGCAGACUGUUUUAGAGCGCAUCAAUGAAUCACUCAAACUCUCCACUAGGAACAUUCGCUGGAAUGUUGACUCGGUUCAUGCUAAGAGUAUAGUUGCCAUCCUGCACCUGCUGGUGGCACUGUCGCAACACUUCAGAGCACCAAUCAGAUUGCCAGACCACGUUUCUAUUCAAAUAGUGGUCGUUCAGAAAAGAGAGGGCAUUCUUCAGUCCAGACAAAUUCAAGAGGAAAUCACUGGCAACACAGAAGCUUUCUCUGGCAGACAUGAGCGCGACGCUUUCGACACCCUGUUUGACCAUGCUCCAGAUAAACUGAAUGUUGUCAAAAAGACAUUGAUCACAUUUGUGAACAAACACCUCAACAAGCUCAACCUAGAGGUGUCUGAAUUGGACACACAGUUUGCAGACGGUGUUUAUCUUGUAUUGCUGAUGGGGUUGCUGGAGGGAUACUUUGUGCCGCUCUACAACUUUUUCCUCACACCAGAGAAUUUUGACCAAAAGGUCCACAACGUGUCCUUCUCCUUUGAACUAAUGCAGGACGGAGGUCUGGAAAGACCAAAGCCCCGACCAGAGGAUAUAGUGAACUGUGACCUUAAAUCGACACUGCGCGUCCUCUACAACCUCUUCACAAGGUACAGGAACGUAGACUAAGCUGGGGACAAGAGGGAAUAUUUAAACCACGGACCACAUAAUUCAAUAUGUUUUUCCUUCUUUUUGUUGUAAUAGUCUGUUUUAUUCAGAAUGCUUGUGUCACAUUUUAUCCCUGUUGGAAUUGUUCACACGCAAAUACAAAUCUGUGAUUUUUUUCUUUUAAAUUCCUGCAGACAUUAGGCUUGUCUGCCACUACAUUUUUUCAUUCAAAAUUUUGCAUUGCCAUACAGUCUUACAGACAUCUAUGUGAUGAUGAAGUUUAGAUAAAGUCAGAAUUUGGAUAUUAUUCUGCCUGGACCCCUAUUUUCACAUGCAGGCCACUUUUAGUAGUCCGGAAUUAGUUAAUGGUGUGCAUGUGCCAAAUAGGAUUACAUUAUAGCCUGUUUCACGGCUACCGGUCACAGUGUUUUUUCUAGUGGUUAAAGGUAAUUAAAGGUAAUUCUACAGUGAAUUUUGUCACCCUGCAUUGAUAUCAUGAAGGGGAGAUUUUAGAUGAACAACUCAUGCAUCUUUUAGUUCAGAAAGGAAUAUGUUAUAACUCUGUUUUGUUUAUUUUGACAAACUUGUUCUUUGUUACUUUUCCUGCGGUUUUAUUUUCUUUUCUCUACUCGUUUGUCAUUCAUAAGUGCCUUUAUUUAAACACUAUCAGCUCCUAAUACUUAAUAUAGUAAUACAUGUGCUCCACAGUUGUCUUAAUGUUCCAGAUUUCCUUUGCAUGUGUUGAGGGACAUUAGAAAUAUUUGACCAAAGCUUUGUUGUAUUCACACCGUAAAACAUAUAAAGGCUUUACUCAGCAGCCA